GAGACGCUCUUCUGUUAACCCCGCGGGCGGAACCAGAGACCCGCCCCCUCGACCCCCGCAGAGAAUGCGGUGCAAAUCCCAGGAGGUCUGAGCCUCGCCGCUCUCCGUCGGGAGCCGGCGUGGUCGCGUUCCCGCGCUUUCCCGCGUGCGGGGUCAGAGGGCGGCGCGCAGCCAUGGGCGAGGCGGGCGGCGCGGAGGAGGCCCGCAGGCACAUGGGAACUAAAGAAGAGUUUGUUAAAGUCAGAAAGAAGGACCUGGAACGACUGACAACUGAAGUGAUGCAAAUACGGGACUUCUUACCCAGAAUAUUAAAUGGGGAAGUGCUGGAAAGCUUCCAGAAAUUAAAGAUUGUAGAAAAAAACCUAGAAAGGAAAGAACAAGAAUUAGAGCAGCUGAAAUUGGACUGCGAGCACUUCAAAGCCCGCCUGGAAACCGUGCAGGCUGACAGCGGGAGGGAGAAAAAGGAGAAGCUAGCUCUUCGACAGCAACUGAAUGAAGCAAAACAGCAGCUUCUGCAACAGGCAGAGUAUUGUACAGAAAUGGGAGCGGCCACCUGCACUCUCCUGUGGGGUGUCUCUAGCAGCGAGGAAGUCGUCAAAGCCAUCCUGGGAGGAGACAAAGCUCUGAAGUUUUUCAACAUCAUCGGUCAGACGAUAGAGAGUUUUGUGAAGUCACUGGAUGGGGAAGUCAAAGAGCUGGAUUCGGAUGAAAAUCAGUUUGUAUUUGCAUUGGCUGGAAUUGUAACAAAUGUUGCUGCCAUAGCCUGUGGUCGUGAGUUCUUGGUUAAUUCCAGCUGCGUGCUCUUGGACACCAUGUUACACCUGCUGGGGGACUUGAAGCCUGGACAGUGCACCAAACUCAAAGUGUUAAUGCUGAUGUCUCUGUACAACGUGAGCAUCAACACAAAAGGCUUAAAAUACAUCAGCGAGAGCCCGGGAUUUAUCCCCUUGCUGUGGUGGCUUUUGAGUGAUCCAGACGCAGAGGUGUGUCUCCAUGUUCUGCGGCUCAUCCAGUCUGUGGUUCUGGAACCAGAAGUCUUUUCCAAGUCAGCCUCUGAGUUCUGGAGCUCCCUGCCCCUGCAGCGCAUCCUGGCCAUGUCAAAGAGCCGCAAUCCCCAUCUGCAGGCCGCUGCUCAGGAGCUUCUUGAAGACCUUCAUGCCCUGGAGCGCAGCGUGUAGGUGCGCUUGGCCACCAAGGGGUUUGGCGAAAUGCCAGUGUCCCAUCCCCUCCCCAGGUCCCUUACUUUGUAUUCAAAACCAUCACUGUAUGCCAUGUGUUUGAAGUGGCACACUGUGAUUGACUAGAGAUGGACAUGAGUGGAUAUGUAUACCACAGCACUCCCUCCCAGAAAUGACGCACCUGUAGGUGGGUGGUUAAUCUUCCCAGAGGUGGAGCCAACAAAGACUCCAUCCUCCAGAAAGGCCCACAUUUGAGCUACCUGGAAGAGGGCUUUCUUCGAGUAGCUCCAUGCUGCCCCGUGGAUUGCCUGUGCCUGUAGCGUCACUGUAAAGGUGGGGGUUAGAUCACCUUCCACCUCAUGGUCAGCAUUUCUUUAAAAAAAUCCAUCUCAUUCUCUCUCUAGUAAUUAUAAUUCGUGCCCCCAGUAUGCAGGUUUGCCUUUGUAACCUUUUGGAGAACCUGCUCUUUCAGACGACAUUGGACAUUUCAGAUGUAGAUUUUUGUGUCUCUUAUUUUUGAAUAAAGUCAG